AUGGACGCUAAAUCACUCUUUAAAUAUGAACAUUCUAUGGAAAUGUAUAACCAACUUUGUAAUAUUUGUAAAGAUGAAGGUUCUAAAGUAUAUUGGAAAUGGUUCCUUGCAUUAGAUGAAAUUCCAAGAAGAUCAGGAGCAAGAGAAGCACCAUCUAAUUGGUUAAUUGAAAUUGCAAAGAAAUCAGGAUUAGAAUAUAAAGUAGAUAAAGAAAAGAAUAUUUGUAUUUAUGUUCCAGCAUCUAAAGGAUUUGAAGAUAAACCAUCAGUUUGUAUUCAAGGACAUUAUGAUAUGGUAGGAACUGUUGCAGCAGGAGUUCAACAUGAUUUCACUAAAGAUCCAAUUAAAAUGAAACUUGAAGAUGGUAUUUUAUCAGCACAAGGAACUACUCUUGGAGGAGAUGAUGGAACUGGAGUUGCAUGUGGACUUGCAUAUAUGGAACUUAGAGAUAAAUUCCAACAUCCAGCAUUAGAACUUCUUUUUACAGCAGAUGAAGAAAUUGGAUGUCUUGGAGCUGCAGGACUUGUUCCAGGGGAAUUAUUAACAGAAAAAUGUAAAUAUCUUAUUAAUGUUGAUUCAGAAGAUUGGGGAGAAGUUACAAUUUCAUCAGCAGGAACAGCAUUUAGAGUUGGAAAAGUUCCAGUUAAAUUUGAAAAUGCUAAAAGUGGAUUAACAUCAAUUAAUAUUGUUGUUGAAAAGUUUAAUGGAGGACAUAGUGGAGUUGAUAUUCAACAUCAAAGAGCUAAUGCACUUAAAUGGGUUGUUGAUCUUAUUAUUCAUAGUCCUUCUCUUUUAAGAGUUAAUAAACAUCAAUAUCAUAUUGUUAAAUUUGAAGCAGGACAUGCUCAUAAUGCUAUUCCAUCUCAUGCUAAUGUUACUAUUGCAGUUCCAAAUGAUAUUGCAGAAGCUGUUAUGAAAGAAAUUAAAGCUAAUCAUGAAGCACUUACUGUUCUUUAUAGUGGAACUAGUGAUGUUAAACCAGAAAUUAAUGUUUCAUCAACACCACUUGCUGAAGGAACACAAAUUGUUUCAUAUACUUCAACAUGUAAUUGUCUCCAAUUAGUUGAAAAACUUCCACAUGGAGUUCUUAGAUUCUCAGAAGAUGUAGAAGGAUUAGUUGAAACAUCACAAUCAGUUUCUAUUGGUAAACUUGAAGGAAAUACAUUCAAUAUUACUAUUUUUGCACGUUCAAGUAAAGAUGAAGAUAUGCUUACUCUUGUUGAAGCUGAUUAUAAAAUGUUUAAAUGUCAUGGAGCUACAUUUGAAAAAGCUGUUGAUGAUGCAUGUGGAUGGCCAGCUGAACCAAAUAAUCAUUUACUUAAGACUCUUAAAGAAUGUUAUAAAGAAAUGUACAAAUCAGAAAUUAAAACAGUUGCAAUUCAUGCUGGUCUUGAAAAUUCUAUUAUUAUGGAAAAAUAUAAGAAUUUGAACCUUCAUUCUAUUUCUCUUGGUCCAUCAGUUCAUGAUGUUCAUACUCCAAAAGAACAUGUUCAUGUUGAAACUGCAACUCAACUUUAUGCACUUCUUAUUUCUGUUAUGGAGAAACUUUAA